AGAAAGGUGUAGCUGGAAGUAGACUUUUUGUAAACCUUACAGAAAAAAAUUACAUUUUUUAUUGGUAGAAUUGUCACAUCUGAGCAUCAAAUGUUGAGGAAUAUUUUUUUUUUUUUUUUGACAAUGAAGUCUGCAAAUUUGCUUCUUUUCCCCAUUUUAGCUAUUUAUAUUUGUGUUAAAUAUUGAAGAAAAAGCAAUAGAUUUAAUAUAAAUGUAAAAAUAGUUAUUUACAAUAGAGAAUGUGUUUUAUGGAAAGAAAAAUGAUCAGUUUUUGUUGUUGAUCUGCACUGAAACCCUCCUGAUGUCCAGUGGACUUGCAGUUCUGACAUUGCAGUGAAGCUGCACUUUGUUUUAUGCGACACACGGAGUCCUCUGGUUGUGGGAGGAUCAGUUCAGGCUUAUCUCGGGAUGUUGGUGUGGCGGUGCCUGAAGUUUGUCACUUGACUGCCAGUUAUUUUUUUCACGGACCAUUUGACUGCAGCGAUGCAGAAAAACUCAGCAAACCUGGUUCUGGAGAACUUUAUUGGAGGAAAGUUCGUCUCCUGCCAGCAGCAUAUCGAUUCCUAUGACCCGUCCACUGGAGAGGUGUAUUGCAAAGUACCGGACAGUGGGAAGGAAGAGGUGGACGCCGCAGUUGCAGCGGCUAAAAACGCCUUCCCAGAAUGGUCGGCCCGCAGCCCCCAGCAGCGGGCCGACGUCCUGAACAAGCUGGCUGAUCUGAUUGAAGCCGACAUGGAGGAGUUUGUUCAAGCUGAAUCCAGAGACCAAGGUAAAACCAUAAUCUUUGCUCGAACCGUGGACAUUCCUCGGGCUGCGUACAACUUCCGCUUCUUCGCCUCCUCUGUGCUCCACCACACCACCGACUGCAGCCACAUGGACCACACGGGCUGCCUGAACUACACCGUCCGCUGCCCGGUGGGAGUGGCUGGACUGAUCAGUCCCUGGAAUCUCCCCCUGUACCUGCUGACAUGGAAGAUUGCACCUGCAAUCGCCACGGGCAACACCGUGGUGGCCAAGCCCAGCGAGAUGACGUCUGUCACCGCAUGGAUGAUGUGCAAGUUGAUGCAGCGAGCUGGGGUUCCUCCAGGUGUGGUUAACAUCGUCUUCGGUACCGGUCCAAAAGCGGGCGAUGCUCUCGUGGGCCACCCUGAUGUUCCACUGAUCUCCUUCACUGGUUCCACUAAGACUGCACAGAGGAUCACGGAGCGCAGCGCCCCCUUCUGCAAGAAGCUCUCGCUGGAGCUUGGAGGGAAAAACCCGGCUAUCAUCUUUGCUGAUGCAGACCUGGAUAAAUGCAUCGAGACCACCGUCCGCUCCAGCUUUUCCAAUCAGGGAGAAAUCUGUUUGUGUACCAGCAGGAUUUAUGUGGAGAGGAGCAUUUAUGCCCAGUUUCUGGAAAAAUUUGUGGCUGCUACCAAAAAGUGGAAAACUGGUUCUCCGUCUGAUCCCAGCAACCACAACGGGGCCCUCAUCAGUAAAGAGCACCUGGAGAAGGUGCGUAGCUUUGUUGCUCUCGCCAAAUCUGAAGGUGGCGUCAUCCAUUGUGGUGAAGGAGUCGACAAGUUGGACCUGCCUGAGUCCAACAAGUCCGGGUUCUUCAUGCCAGCCACAGUCAUCACAGGCAUAUCUGACACCUCCGACAUCAUGCAGGAGGAGAUCUUUGGCCCCGUCACCUGCAUCAGCCCCUUCGACACGGAGGAGGAGGCGGUCUCCAGGGGCAACGGGGUGCGCUACGGUCUGGCUGCCACAGUGUGGUCCCGCGAUGUGGGGAGGGUUCACCGGGUGGCACAGCGGCUACAGGCGGGGCUGGUGUGGACCAACUGCUGGCUGGUGAGAGAUCUGAACCUGCCAUUCGGAGGAAUGAAGAACUCGGGUGUGGGGAGGGAGGGAGGGAAGGAUUCCUAUCAUUUCUUCACAGAAGUAAAGAGCAUCACCAUCAAACACUGAUGGAGGGGAAAUAAUGUAAUUAUUAGAGACAGACACAACCUUUUAAUCAUCUUUGUAAAACAGAAUGCGGCCAAAAAAUGUCUAAUAAAGCAGAAAAAUGA